GAACGUUUAAAGCUGAUUUUGUAUCCGUUGGAAUUAUUUAAAUGAAACACCAUAAUUCGUGUGAGGUGACGGACAUUACAAAGUAGAUCAUGAAAAACAACCUAAAGCUACAGAAAGUGCAGCUUGUCCUUAGUGCCGAAUUUACCGCCUGGGGGGUAUUUAGCAUCUAGUUUACGAUGCGUCACGUACAGUUUAGUAUGUUCAACUGUUGUUAGCCUAGCAGCUCGGUUUUACUUCAUUUAGCCUGGGCUCGUCUCUAAACAUGGAGCAGACAUCCACCGUCAGCGCAGACGCCGGUCAACGCUCUGUCACGAGUGGUCGUUGUAACCAGUGGCGUAGUCUGACUGGAUUUUGGCUCCUUGGGUUGUGCAACAACUUUGCCUAUGUGGUAAUGCUGAGCGCUGCCCAUGACAUCCUCAAAAAGCAAGAGUCAGAAAAUGCCACAGCAUCUACUACAGCCAUGGAUUUCCAAGGCGGAAACAGUAGCAACAGUAGUCGCUAUGACUGCAAUCCUGUCUCUACUGGGGCUGUGCUGUUAGCCGACAUCCUCCCAACGCUCAUCAUCAAGCUGUUUGCUCCCUUUGUAAUCCACAAAGUGCCUUAUGGUAUUCGAGUGUUGGUCUGUGUCACCAUGGCAGCAACAAGUUUCCUUCUGGUGUCCUUCUCGUCAGCUGUGUGGAUGAGCAUUCUAGGGGUGAUCUUUGCUAGUAUCAGCGCUGGAUUGGGAGAACUGUCCUUCCUCGCUCUCACUGUCUUCUUCACCAGUAAUGUACUGGGAGGAUGGAGCUCAGGUACUGGUGGCGCUGGUGUUGGUGGAGCCUUCCUGUAUUCAGGUCUCACUCAAGCUGGCCUGUCGCCACAGAUCACACUUCUCAUCAUGCUUGUGGUCCCAUUGGUUAUGUUGAUUAGCUAUUUCUUCUUGCUGGUUCCUCCACCUUCAUUACCUCAGUGGAGAAGAAUGGAGACUGGGUAUGCACCUGUGGGCUCAGAGGAGAGACGGCAGCUGAUUGAUGGAUCAGAAGAAGAGGAGCAGGAAAAAUCUACCUCAGGCCAUGUUCUCUUCCCCCUGAAUGUAACAGAGAACAGGACCACUGGACCUCUCACCUUCACUGAGAAACUGCAUGUCAUCAAAGGCUUGCUGAAGUUUGUGUUUCCCCUGGCACUGGUCUAUUUUGCUGAGUACUUCAUCAACCAGGGCUUGAUGGAACUCCUGUACUUCCCAAACUUUUUCCUGUCCCAUGCAGAGCAGUAUCGCUGGUACCAGACAUUGUACCAGGUUGGUGUGUUUGUGUCCCGAUCUUCUUUGUGCUGUGUGAAGAUCAGGAAACUGUGGGCUCUCUCUUGGCUACAGGUGGUGAAUGCAGUGCUACUUCUCUUUGCAGUGCGUUACCAGUUUAUGCCCAGUGUAUGGCUAGUGUUUGUUAUUGUCAUCUAUGAGGGUCUACUGGGUGGAGCUGCAUAUGUCAACACCUUCUACUUCAUCAGUGAGGAGACUGAGGACAGACACAGGGAGUUUGCCAUGGCUGCUGCCAGUGUAGGAGACAGUCUGGGUAUAGCUGUGGCUGGACUCAUUGCCUUCCCUGUCCACACAUACUUCUGUAGCCUGUGACCCAGCCCACACACUGACCAGCAGGAUCACUGAACAAAAUGUGGGUGUGUUCCAUUUUUUUAAAAUCUGAAAUGAAAAUAAACACACUUUACUCCUGCAUGCAAAUACUGACUCUGCAUACUAUGACCCAUGCAUCCGGAGAGAUGUGGACACACUUACUGUACCAGCUUAUCCUUUUCAACAACAAUCAGAUAGUGCCACCUUUUGGGACAUACAUGGGGUCAUUCUGGAAGCACCUGUGAUCAGAGCCCAUCAUCCCCUGCCAUGCGGUUUUCCAUACAGCAGGAGGGCAUUGUAAAAGCUUACUUAGCAGUGUGUUGGAGAUCUGCUGGCUUGUACAAACUGACCAAGCCUAUGGGGACAAACAAAGUAGUGUGUAUCUUGAUGUUGAUCCUGACUAACAGGCUGUCACUUGUCAUAAAAGUGCUGAGAAUGUCCAUAGCAGACUAAUAUGAGUCUGAUAUUACUAGUAAUACUAAACUAAUGUUAGCUUGCUGGUGCACUAACCUUCACAACAAAAGCCUUCCUGUGGUGGUGUUUAAUGUGAAGCAGCCAAGGCAGGCCUGGAAAUGUUCACUUUACAUCUGCUGCAGCCAUAGUCAUACAAAAUGAAGAAAUACAGUUUAAAGUCGCAUCUAAAAAAACAAAACAUACAACAUGGUCUGAAAAUGUUAUUAUAUUUACAUUCUAUUUUAAUAGCGUUUAUGGAGUAAAGUAGCUCUGAAUGAUGGGACAGACUAGAGCAUCUCAUUUUCAGAAAUGAUGCCUAUUGUGUCUUUGUCUUGAGCUUCCUAUUAGCUGACAAACUACCACACAACAACACAAGAGCUGACCUUAGGAUAAUUCAUUUUACUGACAUUAGUAAUUUUAUUUCAUUUUUAUUAACAAAAUCUUCAGUCAAAUCACAAAAGGGUAGCAGGUUCGUUACCCAAAUCUUCAAAAAAAAAGUCUUCAAAUUAAAAACUUUGUGUUGACCUCUCACUGGCAUUUAGAGUUGGCAUUAUACAAAAUGAUCUAGUGCAACUUUAAAACAACAAAAUGUUUAAAUGGUAACAAAAACAUGUUUGAUGAUAAUUAGACUUCUUUAAUUGACUGACCACCUAUGUUUUACUCAUUGAUACUAUUAAACAGGUUAUGAUGAAAUUGACCAGAAAUACUGUAGUUUAACCAUUUAUAUUUUAUAUACUGUAACAUUCUGGGAAAAAAGAGUGUCCAGAGUUUUAAAGCGCAAAUUAUUUUAAAAUUCCAUGAACUCAAUGAAGAGGUGUUGUUACAAAAGAUGCAAAACAAUAGGAAUGUUUUUGUGGUUAUGAUUGUUAGCAUCGCCAGAGUAAUUUGCCUUUAUUCUACACUUUAUUUGCCAUGUUUUGCUCCGGUUAUCCUGUUUUUACUACCAAACUUUGUUUAUCUGUGGUUAAAAUGUGAUUUUACUAAUUUUGGUAAUUAUCAGGUGACCUAUCCAGGGCGGACCCCGCCUCUUGCCUCUCAGCUGGCUCUAGCCCUCCUGUGACCCUAUUCAGGAUAAGUGGUAUAGAUGAUGGAUGGAUAGUAAUUAUCAAGUAAGAGCCACCACAGUUGUAUCAUGUCCUAACAGACUCUGUCCACAUACACACUGUUUUCUCUCAAACACCUACUGUACAAAUGUGCACAUUCUUACUGAAAUUCUAAAUAUCGUAAUUUAUAUUAAUUUCAUUUUACCCUGUGACUGUUAAAGUUGCAUUCUUAACGUUUUUACAAUGUGGUGAUAUUGUUACAAGCCUGUACCUGUUUGAACAGAUGUUACAUAAUUCAGAUGUUUUGAAGGUUGUUGAUUCACCUUCAAAAGAUGUAAUUGUGCAAUCGUUUUUCAUGGACUUAACAUUUUUAGCUGUCAACUCAAGGUAAAAGGGCCUGGAAUGUAUUUAAAGUGGGUAAUUGUCAUAUCAGGUACAAUGUAGAUAAAAUUGUAUGUACAUUUUAUAAUGUGAUCUUUAUUAAGUUAUACUGCUUGUGAUCAUUUAAAAUUACACAGCACAUCGUUUGCACAUGCGUCACAGUUACCUAAUGUUAAUAUUAGUGAGUUACUCAAGUCCAAAUCCAUGAAAUCUGCCUGCCAUCUAAAUAUUUUAGAUUUUCAUUCAAAACCAUUUUGCUAUAAAAUAAAACUGAGGAUUAGGGCUGUAAUGAUUAUUUAAUGGUGAUGAUUAUUUUUCACUGACUGUCACACUGCGACUUGUUUUAUCUAUAGUAGCUUAAUCAUCUUAUCAUUUGGUUCUUGGAACAUCAGAAAAUAGUGAAAAAAAUUAACAUUACUAUUUGCUCUUGGUUGUGAGAUUUUCAAAUUGCUUGGAAAAAUUUCUGGCACAACUUGUUCAAACAAGGGAAAAACUAACUGGAAAACAAAAGUUUGAGCAACACUUGUAGUGUUUGGAGCAGCUUUAAUGUAACUAACACUAACAAGUUUCGGCAAGGAGCCUUCAUCAGGGUCCUUUCUUGCUUUGUUCAGCCAACAGCUCAAAGUCCCAGAAUAGCCUGUUCAAUUUACUAUCACAUUAGACACUAGCAAAGCAGCAAAUCCUUACCAUAAACAGGCUAAAGUAGAAAAUCUUAGGGAAACUAGUGAUUGGUAUUUUUGCUUGAAAAUGACAAGAAUUUAUUAAAAUUGCUGAAUAAUUUCUUUUUAAUCGGUUGAUGAAAUACUCUUUGCAAAUAGGUCAUUGUUUCAGAGGUUUUCUGGUGUACUAAUAGUUGAGUUUGAUUUUGGUACAGUGGUGGAAGAAGUACUCAGAAUUGCUUACAUAAGUACUUACUAUGCAUAAUAGCACAUUUCACACUAAUACGGUACAUAUUAAAUAUUAGAUUAUAAUUAUUGCUGCAUUAUUGUGUACAUUCCAUUUAAUGUUGCAGCUGGUAAAAGUGGAGUUAAUCUUAUAUGUUUACUGCUGGGUAUUUUGUAAAUUUUGCACUAGAGAUCAAUAAAGUCAGAUAAUUAUGUUGUAUUUUAAC